UGUGUGUGUUUCGCGUUUCUGGAGUGAACACUGUUGAGACUUACUGAACCGAACCGAACCUUUGAGAAGAAGCACCAUGGCCAACAGCGCACAACAGCCUCCUCAACUGCACCUGGCGGAGUUCACGGCUUCGCAGUUUUUGGACAUCUGGAAACACUUCGAUGUGGACGGGAAUGGCUACAUAGAGGGGAAGGAGCUGGAAAAUUUCUUCCGGGAACUGGAAGUUGCCCGACGAGGAAAAGGCGCAGACGCAUCAAGUGUUGCUUUCAGGGAAAAGAUGAAGGAGUUCAUGCAUAGAUUUGACAAGAAUGCAGAUGGCAAAAUAGAGAUGACAGAGUUAGCUCAAAUCCUUCCCACAGAAGAGAACUUUCUGCUCUGUUUCAGGAUGUUUGUAGGAUCUAGUGCCGAAUUUAUGCAGGCCUGGAGAAAGCAUGAUGAGGACCGCAGUGGCUACAUUGAGUCCAAUGAGCUGAAGGGCUUCCUGUCCGACCUGCUGCAGAAGGCCAACAGACAAUAUGACGACAAGAAGCUGAACGAGUACACACAGACCAUCCUGAGGAUGUUUGACUUGAACGGAGAUGGAAAACUUGGCCUGUCCGAGAUGGCAAGGCUCCUCCCCACAGAGGAGAACUUCCUGCUCAAGUUCCAGAGCAUCAAAGUCUCCGCUGAGCAGUUCCACUCCAUCUUCAACUACUAUGACAAAGACGGCAGCGGAUACAUCGAUGAGCAGGAGCUGGACACUCUGCUCAAAGACCUGUUUGAGAAGAACAAAAUGGUGGUGGACGCUAAGAGCCUGUCGAGCUACAAGAGGAGCAUCAUGGCGCUGUCUGACGGGGGCAAGCUGUACCGCACCGAGCUGGAGAUCGUCAUCUGCAAGGACCCGUCCGUCUGACCAAUCCCAGCGCAGCCCUCUCCUCUUCGCCCAAUCACCACCAGUUUAGGUGCAUGUGCUGGUUCUGUCCCGCCCCCUCCACACCCAUCAGAGUGAUGUCCAAGACCACGCCCAUGUCCCCACAAACCCCUCCCACUCAUAAUGACCCCGCCUACCUUGCUUUGUGAUUGGCUCCUCUUGAUGUUCUGAAGCAGCAUCGUUUUGUAAGAAACUUUUCAACAUGACUGUCGUAGGAAUUAAUAUAUGUCACUUCACUCUAAAACAAAACACUAUUUAUCUCUCUCGUAUUUAUUUAUUGAUUUAUUUAUUUCAAUGUUAAUAUUAUUGUUUCCAAUGACGUUAGUAUACCUCUCUAUAGUCCUCAUUUGAACACUAUCUUCUCUCUCUCUCUCUGUCUGGUUCUCUCUCCAUCUCUCCUCUGUCGUUGCAUAGUUCUCUCUCUCUCCCUCUCUCUCUCUCUCUCUCUCUCUCUCUCUCUCUCCAUCUCUCUCCUCCUCUGUGCUUUGCGUCUGUUUGUUUUGAGUCAUCUGAGACCGGAGGCUUGCACUGUUCUACUGAGCCACAGACUGGGAGCAUCAGUAAAGAUCUUAAGGAAAUGUU